AUGAAGCCCUCCCCGUUUCAUCCCCAGAUGCCAACAAUGUCGCUCAUUCAUCGGAUGACAUGGCUGUUGAUAACUAUCGCUUCUUUACGGCUGGGGGUGUCCGCACAGACAACUACAACGGAGGCAAGUGCUACAGCGACUCAAACGUCGUCGAAAGGAGCCGCAACACAUACUAUCCAGGUUGGACCGCGGAGUGAUCCGCAUCAGUAUGUACCCAGCAGCGUCAACGCAUCUGUCGGCGACGUAAUUGUCUUCGAAUUCUAUCCGCGAAACCAUUCAGUAGUAAGAGCAGACUACGACGCACCAUGUGUGCCUGCCCAGACCAGUGGUCCCGUCUUCUACUCCGGCCAUUUCACCAAAUUCAACGAAGAGAAUGGACAGAUGAUAGGACCGCCACCCACAUGGUCUUUGGUUGUAAACGACACUAAGCCUACCUUCUUCUACUGUACCGCCAUCGGCUCAUGCAACGAGAAUGGAAUGGUCGGGGUGAUAAAUCCGACCGCCAACAUGACGUGGGAGCAUCAAAACAAGAAAGCGAUCAAGUACCCCUACCAGCUUGAACCAUGGGAGCACGUUCCUGCCGAAGGCGAGACUCCCAACUCAUCAGCAACUUCCAGCCCCUCGCCGUCCUCGUCCGGAAGUCACCUCAGCGGCGGCGCCAUAGCCGGGAUCGUCGUUGGAACCGUCGCAUUCAUCGGACUGCUCGUGGCAUUUUUCUUCGUCAUGGGCCGGAACCAAGUCUACAAGAAGUGGAUGACAUCGCAGGAUGGGACCACGGAGCGGACUGCUCGCUGGGCUCUAUUCAACAGCCACGGGGAACGCAAGAGUGACUUCGAUAGCGCGCAGCCUCCUGGCGACCAAGCGACGUAUAUGCCGAGCCCAGAUCUCGCCAAUCGCACGUAUAUGUCCGGUCAAGGACAAUAUGGCUGGGAUCCGUCGAUGUACCAGUCUAUGCCGCAGUCGCCGCCGCCAAGAAAUGUAGCUCCCACCGAGCUGGAGGCGCCCGAUUCCGCCGUUCACUAUCGGACCGAUGGAAGGUGA